GGUUGAGCGAGCGGGAGAGGCUCGGGGCACGUGCAGACGGGAGCCCCGCGAGUGGCGCGCCGGGGAUGUGAGUGCCCCUUGCCCUCUACGGCACCUAGCCCCCUCCCCGCCCACUGCCUCCGCUUUUGCAUUUUUACAGUAAUCCGACCGGGCGCGCGCCCCUCCUCCCGUCAGCCAGCGAAAGAGGCCGUUUGGAUCCCGGUCAGCCUGACUGCGUUGGCCCCGUUUCCGGCCUAUCGGUUAGAGAGGCCCGCCGCGCCCCCUCGGCCCGCGCGCCUGUAGCGGCAGCGGAAGAGGCGCCCGCGCCGCGCAGUUUUCCGGAGGGGCCGCCGCGCGCCCGCUUCCUGUUCGGCUGCGCCCAGCCAGCUCGAGGACAAAACACGCGUGCGCGCGCCGGACGGCAGGGCGCGCUCGCCGCCUCAGCCACCCGCGCUGGGCGCAGUCCGCCUUUUUCCGGAGCAGCGCGGCCCCGGUGCCAAUCGAUAGCAGCAGCUCCGCACUGGGGGACCGAGGGCGGAAAAAGGCGGGGUUGACGGCUCUUUGCUGGGAGUGGGCUGGACCGGACGCCAGAGACAAAGGCUCUCAAGGCAAGAGGGGCUGUGACGCUGCUCGGGAUUUUUGGCCCAGGACUUUUCGCCCCUUCGUUUUUCUCUUCUGACGCUCUUUUCCCAAGCCCCCGUCCCCUCACCCGCGACCUCGCUCCUCAGCGGAAGGGCCGCGAUGGAGGUCCCACCCCGGCUUUCCCAUGUGCCGCCGCCAUUGUUCCCCUCCGCUCCCGCUACUUUAGCCUCCCGCAGCCUCUCCCAUUGGCGGCCGAGGGCGCCGCGGCAGCUCGCCCCGCUCCUCCCUUCGCUCGCUCCCAGCUCCGCCCGGCAGGGGACGCGCCGGGCCCAGCGCCACGUCACCGCCCAGCAGCCCUCCCGAUUGGCGGGCGGGGCGGCUAUAAAGGGAGGGCGCAGGCGGCGUCCGGAUCUCUUCCGCCGCCAUUUUAAAUCCAGCUCCAUACAACGUUCUGCCGCCGCUGCUUCCGCGACACGGAUUGCGCGCCAGCGCCUCCCGGCCGACAACUCAGCCGCUAUGGAAGACAUGAACGAGUACAGCAACAUAGAGGAAUUCGCAGAGGGAUCCAAGAUCAACGCGAGCAAGAAUCAGCAGGAUGACGGUAAAAUGUUUAUUGGAGGCUUGAGCUGGGAUACAAGCAAGAAAGAUCUGACUGAAUAUUUGUCUCGAUUUGGGGAAGUUGUAGACUGCACAAUUAAAACAGAUCCAGUCACUGGAAGAUCAAGAGGAUUUGGAUUUGUGCUUUUCAAAGAUGCUGCUAGUGUUGAUAAGGUUUUGGAAAUGAAAGAACACAAGCUGGAUGGCAAAUUGAUAGACCCUAAAAGAGCCAAAGCUUUAAAAGGGAAGGAGCCCCCUAAAAAGGUUUUUGUGGGUGGAUUGAGCCCAGAUACUUCAGAAGAACAAAUUAAAGAAUAUUUUGGAGCCUUUGGAGAGAUUGAAAAUAUUGAACUUCCCAUGGAUACAAAAACAAAUGAAAGAAGAGGAUUUUGUUUUAUUACAUAUACAGACGAAGAGCCAGUAAAGAAAUUGUUAGAAAGCAGAUAUCAUCAAAUUGGUUCUGGGAAGUGUGAAAUCAAAGUUGCACAACCCAAAGAGGUAUAUAGGCAGCAACAGCAACAACAAAAAGGAGGAAGAGGUGCUGUAGCUGGUGGACGAGGUGGUACUAGGGGUCGUGGCCGAGGUCAGGGCCAAAACUGGAACCAAGGAUUUAAUAACUAUUAUGAUCAAGGAUAUGGAAAUUACAAUAGUGCCUAUGGUGGUGAUCAAAACUAUAGUGGCUAUGGCGGCUAUGAUUAUACUGGGUAUAACUAUGGGAACUAUGGAUAUGGACAGGGAUAUACAGACUACAGUGGCCAACAGAGCACUUACGGCAAGGCAUCUCGAGGGGGUGGCAAUCACCAAAAUAAUUACCAGCCAUACUAAAAGGGGACGUUGGAGAAAACAGCGGGAACUUCAUUGCAGGCCGUGUGUCACCCUGACCACGUCUAUCUCUGGGGGUCGCACGUUGCGGGCAGAGCGCAAGGCAUACACCAGAAAACGCUGUCCUGUGGUAUGGUCUCUUCCAACUUCAUGUACCAGCGUAAAGAUUAAAGUGGAAAACUUCAGACUUUGGCUUCUUUUUUAAUCUUUUUGAAGAUUAAGUGUCUAAACUUAACUUAAAUGGUUUUUUACAGGAGUUAAAGUACAUAAAUGCCUUUUUACAGCUUAAUCAUUUUGGUCUUCUGUUUAGUGUUGUAUUUCAAUUGUGGAGCCUCAUUUUAAGUGUUCAUUCUUUAAGAUUUAAUGCUUGCUUUUUCUUUUUAUAGCUAAUAGUGAAAUCUACAAACCAAAACAAGAACUUUAAAAUCUGGGAUAUAAAUUAAAGAUCAUAUGCACACAGAAAUUUGUUUUCUUGCAAUACAAGCCUAUUAGAAAUUCAUGUUUGUAAUAGCAUUUUACGUGGCUUACUAGAGAUGUUUCUAGUAGACCUUGAACCUAGCACAGUUCAACCUGUGAAUAUGGGAAGACUGCAUUCCCAGAUUUUCUCAGUAAAUUUUACUUUAAUAUCAUUUGGGAACUCCAGGGUGAAUUUAUUAAUUACCCAAACUGCGUUUUGCCAAUGAAUUUGCAUGUGAUCUUUAAUUAUUGAAGAAAAGAAUAAAGUGAGAACUUAAAACAAUUCAUGAAAGUGGACCUUUGAAAGCUUGUCAGAGUUUCACAAAUCUAAUUGCCAUUUUGUUUUUGUUUUUAGGAAGAGAUUGCUAAAGUAACCCAUCUUGCAGGACGACAGUGAAGAUUGGUCUUCUGUUGAUCUAAGAUGAUUAUUUUGUAAAAGACUUUCUAGUGUACAAGACACAACUGUGUCCAACUGUAUAUAGCCGCCAAUUAGUUUUUGUUUUUACUUUGUCUUUUGCUAUCUGUGUUACGACUCGACGUGGAUUUGUGUUUAUACAAAUUUUAUUUGUAUGAUUUCAUGUUAAACCUCAAAUAAAUGCUUCCUUAUGUGAUUGUU